UGGACUAGAUGGUGCAUGGUGGGGCAGUGCCACCUUCCUGGGCAAGCUGAGGCCAGGCCACACCAACAAACUGGAGAUGGGACACCCCGGGAGAGCAGCCCGUUCAUCAACAGUGUCGACAUGGAGCGGGAAAGCUACUACGAAGGGAAGAACAUGGCUCUCUUCGAGGAGGAGAUGGACAGCAACCCCAUGGUGUCCUCCCUGCUGAACAAGCUGGCCACCUACACCAACCUGAGCCAGGGGGUGGUGGAGCACGAGGAGGAUGAGGACAGCAGGCGGCGCGAGGCCAAGGCCCCGCGCAUGGGCACCUUCAUCGGCGUCUACCUUCCCUGCCUUCAGAACAUCCUGGGCGUUAUCCUCUUUCUGCGCCUGACGUGGAUCGUGGGGGCAGCUGGCGUCCUGGAGUCCUUCCUCAUCGUAUCUAUGUGCUGCACCUGUACGCUGCUGACUGCCAUCUCCAUGAGCGCCAUUGCCACCAAUGGCGUGGUCCCAGCUGGGGGCUCCUACUACAUGAUAUCUCGGUCUCUGGGGCCUGAGUUCGGGGGAGCUGUCGGCCUCUGCUUCUACCUGGGCACCACGUUUGCGGGGGCCAUGUACAUCCUGGGGACCAUCGAGAUCUUCCUGACCUACAUCUCCCCGGGAGCUGCCAUCUUCCAGGCGGAGGCAGCAGGGGGUGAGGCAGUGGCCAUGCUGCACAACAUGCGGGUCUACGGCACCUGCACACUGGCCCUCAUGGCAGUGGUGGUCUUCGUGGGUGUCAAGUACGUCAACAAGCUGGCCCUGGUCUUCCUGGCCUGCGUGGUGCUGUCCAUCCUAGCCAUCUAUGCCGGUGUCAUCAAAACUGCCUUCGACCCGCCUGACAUCCCCGUCUGCCUCCUGGGGAACCGCACGCUGGCAAAGCGCAGCUUUGACACUUGCGCCAAGGUUCAUAUGGUCAACAAUGCCUCGGAGGGGACCAUGCUGUGGGGCCUCUUCUGCAACGGCUCCAGCCCCAGCGCUGCCUGCGACCCAUACUUCAUGCAGAACAACGUCACCGAGAUCCAGGGAAUACCCGGUGUGGCCAGUGGUGUCUUCCUGGAGAACCUGUGGAGCACGUACUCGGACAAGGGUGCCUUCGUGGAAAAGGAGGACGUGCCCUCAGUGCCCGUGCCCGAGGAAAGCCGCACCAGUGGGCUGCCCUACGUGCUAACGGACAUCAUGACCUACUUCACCAUGCUGGUCGGCAUCUACUUCCCCUCGGUCACCGGUAUCAUGGCAGGGUCCAACCGCUCCGGGGACCUCAAGGAUGCUCAGAAGUCCAUCCCCACUGGGACCAUCCUGGCCAUUGUGACCACAUCUCUCAUUUAUCUCUCCUGCAUUGUGCUCUUCGGGGCCUGCAUUGAAGGUGUGGUCUUACGAGAUAAGUUUGGCGAGGCCCUGCAGGGGAACCUGGUCAUCGGCAUGCUGGCCUGGCCAUCCCCCUGGGUCAUCGUCAUCGGCUCCUUUUUCUCCACCUGUGGCGCUGGCCUGCAGAGCCUGACCGGGGCACCCCGCCUGCUGCAGGCCAUCGCCCGUGAUGGCAUUGUCCCCUUCCUGCAGGUGUUCGGCCACGGGAAAUCCAACGGGGAGCCCACGUGGGCCCUGCUGCUCACGGCCCUCAUCUGCGAGACUGGCAUCCUCAUUGCCUCCCUGGACAGCGUGGCCCCCAUCCUGUCCAUGUUCUUCCUCAUGUGCUACCUGUUUGUGAAUCUGGCCUGCGCUGUGCAGACGCUGCUUCGCACGCCCAACUGGCGCCCGCGCUUCAAGUACUACCACUGGACGCUAUCCUUCCUGGGCAUGAGCCUGUGCCUGGCCCUCAUGUUUAUCUGCUCCUGGUACUACGCCCUCUUCGCCAUGCUUGUCGCCGGCUGCAUCUACAAGUACAUCGAGUACCGUGGGGCCGAGAAGGAGUGGGGUGAUGGCAUCAGGGGCCUGUCACUGAAUGCCGCCCGCUACGCCCUGCUGCGCGUGGAGCAUGGGCCGCCACAUACCAAGAACUGGAGGCCCCAGGUGCUGGUGAUGCUGAACCUGGAUGCAGAGCAGGCCGUGAAACACCCACGCCUGCUGUCCUUCACCUCACAGCUGAAGGCCGGCAAGGGCUUGACCAUCGUGGGCUGCGUGCUGGAGGGCACCUUCCUGGACAAGCACACAGAGGCACAGCGGGCCGAGGAGAACAUCCGGGCGCUGAUGUGUGCGGAGAAGACCAAGGGCUUCUGCCAGCUGGUGGUGUCCUCCAGCCUGCGGGACGGCACGUCCCACCUCAUCCAGUCGGCUGGCCUGGGCGGCAUGAAGCACAACACUGUGCUCAUGGCCUGGCCCCAGUCCUGGAAGCAGGCGGACAAUCCCUUCUCGUGGAAGAACUUUGUCGACACCAUCCGUGACACCACGGCCGCGCACCAGGCCCUGCUGGUGGCCAAGAACGUCGAUGGGUUCCCCCAGAACCAGGAACGCCUGGGUGAGGGUUACAUUGACGUGUGGUGGAUCGUGCACGACGGCGGCAUGCUCAUGCUGCUGCCCUUCCUGCUGCGCCAGCACAAGGUGUGGCGCAAGUGUCGGAUGCGCAUCUUCACGGUGGCCCAGGAGGACGACAACAGCAUCCAGAUGAAGAAGGACCUGCAGAUGUUCCUGUACCACCUCCGGAUCAGCGCCGAGGUUGAGGUGGUGGAGAUGGUGGAGAGCGACAUCUCUGCAUUCACCUACGAGAAGACGCUCGUGAUGGAGCAGAGGUCCCAGAUGCUUCGGCAGAUGCAGCUGUCGAAGACCGAGCAGGAGCGAGAGGCCCAGCUGAUCCAUGACCGGAACACUGCAUCCCACACCUCGGUGGCCGCCAGAACCCAGGUCCCACCAAUGCCAGACAAGGUGCAGAUGACCUGGACAAAGGAGAAGCUGACGGCGGAGAGACACAGAGACAAGAGCGCGGGUGGCGCAGCAGGGUUCAGGGACCUCUUCAGCCUGAAGCCGGACCAGUCCAACGUCAGAAGGAUGCACACGGCUGUGAAGCUCAAUGGUGUCGUCCUCAGCAAGUCCCAGGACGCCCAGCUGGUCCUGCUGAACAUGCCGGGGCCCCCCAGAAACCGGCAGGGCGACGAGAACUACAUGGAGUUCUUGGAGGUGCUGACUGAGGGGCUGAACAGGGUGCUCCUGGUCAGGGGUGGUGGCCGCGAGGUCAUCACCAUCUACUCCUGAGGCCAGUGCCGCUGGGUGGGGCGAGAUGCCACAGGACCUGCACGAGCCACCCCCUUCGGAGCUCCAAAGCCGUCCCCUGGUCCCCUCCGCAGAGACCUGGAAAGGGGCAAAGUGCUGGCCACGUCCAGGGUCCCUGCCCCUCUGGGGCUGUCCAGUCUCUGGGCAGUCACUGCUCAGCUCCCACCUGGGGCCCGCAGGUCCUCACCUCCUGGUCUCCCGAGCCCUCCUCCCCACGUCAGUGCCCACACUGUCCACGCUUCACGGGCAGGGCACAGGCUGCCUGCCUGAAGGGGAGAGGGCAUGAGGAUGCAGGACUCGGCCUGGGCAACAGCUCAGCCCUACCUCUUCUCUCCCCAAGCACUGAC